AUGGGCGUACCAUCAUUUCCGGCGUCCAACGCCAUCAUCUAUCUGACCUAUGGCGUCUUUCUCAUCAUGGGAACCGGUAUUGCCUGGAAGUUGCGAAACCAGGCCAAGACGGAAUUCUUGUCCAGCAACGGCACCCAGACUGGUCAGGACUCUCUCACCUUGCUUAGAGAAUAUGUACUGAUACCGCUCGCAGCCUUUCCUCUCGCCCUCAAUUUCAUCGCCUCUGCAAAAGUCUGCCCGGCACUCUCUCCGAGUCGCCUUCGGCCCCUAGCACGGGACACUAUUGACUGCAAGACGCUCAAUGACUGGAAAAGCAAACUUCGUGAUGCAGCCCUCGGCUCCGGUAUCCUCUUUUCCUACCCGGAGCUCGCCACCAUCGCCGGCGUCCAGGGCGUCGUCGUGUACGCGCUCGCAUCCGCCCUGCCCAUGCUCGUCUUUGGCUACCUCGGGCCCGUCAUCCGCCGGCGCUGCCCGGAGGGCUUCGUGCUCACCGAGUGGACGCGCCAGCGCUACGGCACUGUUGCCAUGCUCUUCCUCAGCUUUCUCACCCUCGUCACGCUCUUCCUUUACAUGGUUGCUGAGCUCUCCGCCAUCGGCCAGGUCGUGAGCACCCUGACCGGGCUCGAUGGCCUCCCCGUCGUCAUCGUGCAGUGCGUCGUCACCACCAUUUACACGUCCCUCGGCGGGUUUAAAAUUUCCUUCCUCACCGACGUCAUUCAGGGCGGCAUGGUGGUCGGCCUCAUCAUCAUCGCCACCAUUACCAUUGGCGUCAAGACGGAAAUCAAGACGGAGCUCAUUGACUCGUCCGGCCUCACCAAGGCUAACCUGCUCGGCUGGCAGCUGCUCUACAUCCUCCCCGUCGCCAUCCUCACCAAUGACUUUUUCUUGUCCAACUUUUGGCUCCGCACCUUUUCCUCCAAGACGGACAAGGACCUGCGCAUCGGCGUCACAAUGGCCAUGCUCGUCAUUCUCUGCGUGCUCACCCUCGUCGGCAGCACCGGCCUCAUCGCCGCGUGGUCCGGCGCCUGGCCCGGCGACCCGCCGCAGGGCGGCUCUCUCGCCUUCUUUGUGCUCCUUGAGCAGCUGCCCGCGUGGGUCGUCGGCAUCGUGCUCGUCAUGGUCGUCAGCCUGAGCACCGCCGCGUUUGACUCGCUGCAGUCCGCCAUGGUCUCGUCCGCCUCCAACGACCUCUUCCGCAACCGCCUCAACAUUUGGUUCAUCCGCGUCGGCGUCGUCGUGCUCAUUGUCCCCGUCGUCGUUCUCGCCCUCAAGGCGCCCUCGAUUCUGCAAAUCUUUCUCAUCUCGGAUCUCGUGUCCUCAGCCGCCAUUCCCGUGCUCGUGCUCGGCCUGCUCCCGCAGUGCUGGUUCUGGCGCGGCUUCGAGUUCGUCGUCGGCAGCCUCGGCGGCAUCUUUACCGUCUUCAUCUUUGGCGCCUGCUACUACCGCGACGCAUACCGCGGCGCCCGCCUCAUCCUGCUCGAGGAGGGCCUCUACGCCCAGGACUGGUCCGUCUUUGGCGCCUUUGUCGCGGCGCCCUUUGGCGGUCUCGUCUGGGGCUUCAUUGCGCUCGUCUGCCGCCUUGGGUUCCAGUAUGGCAAGGCCAAGAUCACGGGCGGCGUCUUUGACGCCCUGGACAAGCCGCUGGAUACCGUCCGUCCCCUGAGCAGCGAUAGCGAGGUCGUCGAGCAGACCAUCUCGACUUCCGCUGGCAAGUUUUUCUAG